AUGGCCUCUCAGUUUCUGUUGUUGGCAUUCCUUGCCAUAACUUGUGCCAUUGCUUCGGCAUCUGACCCGAGUUCUCUUCAGGAUUUCUGUGUGGCUGAUUCAAAAGCCUCAGUACCAGUGAAUGGCUUUGUCUGCAAGGAUUCUAAGCUUGUUGAUGCCAAUGACUUCUUCUUCAGUGGACUUCACCUAGCAGGAAACACCUCGAAUGCAGUUGGUUCACGCGUGACCCCUGUUAACGCAGUCCAAAUUCCGGGACUUAAUACACUUGGCAUCUCCAUUGUGCGUAUCGAUUAUGCCCCGUGGGGUAUUAAUCCUCCACACACACAUCCUCGAGCCACUGAAGUUUUGACAGUCCUGGAAGGGAGCCUCAAAGUUGGUUUUGUCACCUCCAACCCUGAAAACCGCCUCAUCACCAAGGUGCUUCAGAAGGGUGAUGUGUUUGUGUUCCCAGUAGGCCUUGUGCAUUUCCAACAGAACGUUGGAUAUGGUAACGCAGUUGCCAUUGCAGCUCUCAACAGCCAAAAUCCAGGUGUUAUUACCGUUGCAAAUGCAGUAUUUGGAUCAAAGCCGGACAUCUCUGCUGAUAUUCUUGCAAAGGCUUUCCAAGUGGAUAAGAACACAGUCUACAACUUCCAGUCAAAGUUUUAGAGUCCAAUUUGAAACCUCUGAUUCAAUCAAGAGGGACUAAAAAGGGUCAUUUGAAGUGUGUAUUAGUGUUUAGAGAAUCGUUACGUUUCACUUAG